AUGGCUCCUGCCGGAGAUGAUAGUCUCAAACCAAUGCGAAGGGGCACGCGCUCAUGUCGCGAAUCGCAAGGCUACAUCAUAGACCCAGCAAGGGUUGCAAAGUCGGAUUCGUUGUUGAAGGUCAAAGUCAAGCGAAUUGAGUCAAUGGUCGAAAGGCUAGCAAAGAUUCAAAGCGAGCAAGCAAUUAUUGCCCAACGAGACGAGAAUGGCUGUUCCUUUGAGCGCGUGCAAAACAGUCUCGUGGACGGCACGGAGCUUACAGAGCAUGCGAGCACAGCCAGUCCGCUUUUCAGGUUGUUCAAUAACGAGGUUAUCACGCGAAGCGACAUAGCGGACGGUCCACAAGUGGAGACUACUACGACGAUACACUUUGCGGAUAAGGACAUGUCAGACCUCGAUAAGUUGAAGUCGACUAUUGCGCACGACCCUGAUAUUCUAGACGUCGUCGAUGUAGCAUGUGAAUGGUGGAUCUCAUGGCGAGACCAGCAGUGGGUGCUUCGCGCUGGGGGAGUUGACCCAACAGUCCGAUCCUUCGUUCAAGAGCGACUCGAAUCGAGUGACCCUGUGGUAUAUGCGACGGGCUUGAUCUGCAUCGCGAUGUCACUUCACCGGAUACGUCCCGGUAUCGAUGAUAUCACCCUCACACUAUCAGCCUCGCCACUACAAUUAUACGACAGGAUCGUCACUGCGAUCGAUCAAGUCGUCCUCAGCCGUCAACACAAAGGACAGGCAGGCAUACUCCUCGCUCUUCAACGCGCCAAAACACAUGCCGAGGGUGACCAGCUUCGUAAGUCCUGGCUUCGGACUCGCCACGCCAUCCUCCUGUCUCAACACCUGAACUUCGAGAACGAAUCGACCGCCCCGACCGAUGACUUGAUCUACCGACAACGCUGGGUCGGUGGCAUAUAUGAGCUUGAUCACUUCAUGUCCCUUAUCCUCGGCUUCCCACACGCUCGUGACAAGUCCUUUACCGAUAUUCUCGCGAAGGAGACACUGUUCGAUCCCGAAAUGAACAUCGACACCAAGAUGCGCGCCCUCCGCCGCAUCACAGCCGUCGCCGCAGGCAAAAUCAACGAGCAGAACGCGCAAGGUCAGACCUCGGACCCCAGCUUCACCUGUGCCAUGGCCACGGAAAUGGCUUCCUGUGCGGCUGCGAUGCCCAACGAAUGGUGGGACGCCGACGAACACGUCAAAAGCCCUAGUCAACUAGCUCACGAGCACUUGAUGGCCCAGAUGUGGUUUUGGGAAAUCCAAGCUUUCUUGCAUCUCCCGCACAUGCUACAAGCUGACAGCGAGUGGGAGUACCAGAGCUCUUCUCGAAACCUGUGUCUGCAGGGCUGUAGGGAGAUGCUGAAGGUUUUCUGUCUGCUUCGUGGCACGCCUGGCCUGUCGGUAUACAUCUGCAGCUGCGAAGAUUUUCAAGGCGUCGUCACGGCCGCAAUGCUGCUCAUCGGCAUCCUGUUGGGGAUCACGCAUGGCGUAUACCCAAGCAUCGUAUCACUGGACGAGGACUUCGCCGUCUUGGACAAUGUCAAGGACAUCUUUCGAUACCGAAGCACCGGACAGGGAGGGAGCAUCAGUCGCCAGGGUCUGAAGGUCGUGGAGACUUUAGAAAGUUUCCUGACCGAUAGCGACCAGUCUGCCGAGCCACAUCAGCAACCACAAUCCCGUUCAAUUAUCCUACCAUACUUUGGUCUCAUCCGCAUCGAGUCGAAGAUACCACCACUGCCAAAGGCCAACCGACAAACAGAUCUUAAGGCGCCCGAAGCCUAUAAAGAUGGCAGCGCUGUAGACGCCCAGUCCAUCGACCUCUACCACUCGAUCUUUCCCGACACGCAGUCCCACGAGCCCUCGCCACCCUCCACGAGCGAAUUGUCUGCGUCAGCAGGCAGCCACAACUUCAGCGACGAUACCCUCGUCGAACCUGUCAUGCCUACGUUCACAGACGCAACAAAGCCGACGCCCAGUUGGGACAACGACAGUAUGCUCCCACCCAUCAACUUCUAUGACGCGGACCCAAGUAUCACAACUUUUAAUGUGGCUGACGACGUCACGGAUACGUGGGACCACUUUCUGUACGGUAGCGAGCUGAACCAGGACUGGGAGGUGCCUAAUUGGCAAGAUGUGUUCGAGGAGUGGAAUGGGACGACUUUGGGGAGCUAG